AUGGCAGAUAAAGUGCUUGCAGCAAAGGAACUAGAGGUUGAUUCCAAAUUUGCGUCUAAGUCAACAAGCGAGGUCAGUAAAAGUGGUUCAAUAAAUGAAUCAGGUAAGACUGAUAAAGCUAAAACUGAGAGUGAUUGCAAAAAUUGCAUGAAAGAUUGCAAAGUUUGUAGCACAAAUGCAUAUCUCACAUCCAAAAAGACUGAAGAACUGGUUGCUAAAGUCAAAAUGUUUGAAGAUCAAAUCUUAAGUCGAGAUAAAUUGAUGAUAGCUUCAAAUGAGAGAAUAAAAGAAUUAACAGAGAGAAUUGAAAAAGAUAAAACUGAUGUCGAAUUAUUUAGGAAAGAAAAUGAAAAGUUAAUUCAUGAAAACCGACAACUUUCUGAAAAUCAUGAGAAGCUGAAGAGAACAAUAAAAGAUUCUGAUGAGCGAAAUAGUAAAACAUUCGAAGAAAAUUUUCAAUUGUCUGGAGUUCUUCAGACAAAAGAAAAACAAAUCAACCAGCAGUUGGAUGAGAUUGCAAAUCCUAAGCUUCAGUUUCAGGAAGCUAAGAUUGAGAAUGAAAGAAUCAAUCUGAAACUGAACAGUUACAGCUCCCCGAGCUUUGUUCUUCAACACAUAGUUCCCAAACCUAUUGGAAAGAACAAAGCUGGUGAAGAUGUAUACUCGGAUGGAACUGGGGUGGGUUAUCAUCAGGUUCCACCGCCAGUGCUAAACAAUUUUUCAAAGAAAAAGUCUGGGUUGGAUAAUGAAGAUGAAACAAAUGAGAAAUCAAAUGAUGUAAAACUUCCAGAAACUAUCGAUGUCACAUUCACUUCAUCGUCUGAUGAAGACAUUGUUCAGUCUGAAGUCGUAAAAAAUGUGGUUGAAAACGUUUUAAAAUCUGACAGCGAUUCGACUGAAGAUGAAGAGUGCUUUUUGAAUAAUUACAUUCCGAAAUCAAAAUCCCAAAACAACUCAAAUGACGGACCUACUCUUGUGAUGUACAAGAUGUCUGGUUCAGACAAGUUGUAUUUGGAUCUUCAAUUUCCACUUGAGAAUGUGAAUGUUGACAAGUUGAAGAAUGUGUUCAAAUUGGUUGAAAUUGAUGUUUCUGAAAUUGAGGGUUUGAAAAGUUCUAAAAGGCAAAUGAACUUUGAAAAAGAUAAAUCUUACUAUAAAAAACCUGUUGUACCGCCACGUUUUAACAACAAUAACCAAAACAGAUGGUCGGGUGGUUUUCAGGGUGGUAACAACAAUCAGAAGAGGAACUUUCAAAACAAAAAAUUUAUGGAGAAGAAAGUUUUUGUGAAAAGCUCAGGUUCACAUUCCAAGCAAGGAUCUGAAAUUUUUUCAAUAUCAAAUGAAGAAUUCUUUGAGAAAAAGGCCUCACAGCCUUAG